UAUUGUCUUGAAAUGAGGCGAGGUCGCAUUACUAUUUAUUCUGAUACGCAUAUGAGUAUAAUUCCAUGAGCAUAAACAUGAUAUGAGGGAUACGCCGCCAAUGUUUUUGUCAUUUUUAACCGGCAGGAUUUUUCCCGUUUCAUUCGCAGUGGUUGUUUGAAGAUAGCAGGUUAUUAAUUGUUUAUCUUUAUGCAUCCGCACGAAGAAGGACCAAGAAAUGACAAACGACGGAUAACCAGAGGAGAAGGACACCGUGAAAAGAGGGAAAAGGAAGAAUGAAUGAGAUAUACUGAGCAACGAAGGAAGGAGAUUGGAGGAAUCAAGAGGUGUUAGUGGGAGGAGCUCUCUCCAUGACCCUGUGCCUGCUGACCACACCCAGAUUCCCCCUAACCCCGCCUUUCAACAUGGCGCUGUCACUCUGGCUGCUGUGUACCUGUGCUGUCACCUCCCUGCUCAUCGCCCCCUCUGCUCAAGCUCUGAGUCGGUCAGCGAUGCCCUUCGGCCUGAUGCGUAGAGAGCUGGCGUGCGAGGGAUACCCCAUCGAGCUGCGCUGCCCUGGCAGUGAUGUCAUCAUGAUUGAGACGGCCAACUACGGCCGCACGGACGACAAGAUCUGUGACGCUGACCCCUUCCAAAUGGAGAACGUGCAGUGUUACCUGCCUGACGCCUUCAAGAUCAUGUCACAGAGGUGUAAUAACCGUACCCAGUGUGUGGUGGUGGCAGGGUCCGAUGUGUUCCCAGACCCCUGCCCAGGGACCUACAAGUACCUGGAGAUACAGUACGAGUGUGUCCCCUACAUCUUUGUGUGUCCGGGCACACUGCUGCGUGUACAGGCGGCCAGCUCGCCUCAGGAGGCAGAGCAUCAGUCGGGGGCGUGGUGUAAGGACCCCCUGCAGUCAGGUGACCGGCUCUAUGUCAUGCCUUGGACUCCCUACCGCACCGACAUGCUGUAUGAGUACGCCUCCUGGGAGGACUUCAGACAGAACCGCGCCACUACCACCUACAAGUUGCCGAACCGUGUUGAUGGCACAGGCUUCGUGGUAUACGACGGCGCCGUGUUCUACAAUAAGGAGCGCACACGCAACAUGGUCAAGUAUGACCUGCGCACACGCAUCAAGAGCGGCGAGGCCAUUAUCGCCAACGCCAACUACCACGACACAUCGCCCUACCGCUGGGGUGGGAAGAGCGAUAUCGACCUGGCGGUGGACGAGAACAUCUACGGGCUGUUUGAGAUAUAUUUAUGGUUACCAUCACCCCCCCCCUCCUCCCAGGUGAACCCGUACACCCUGCGCUUCGAGGGCACCUGGGAGACCAGCUUCGACAAGAGGCUGGCGUCCAACGCCUUCAUGGCGUGCGGCGUGCUCUACGCCGUGCGCAGUGUCUAUCAGGACGACGACAGCGAGGCCGGCGGGGAUCUGAUCCUUUACGCCUACAACACGAACCGUGCCCGGGAGGAGCCCGUCCACAUCCCCUUCCCUAACCCCUACCAGUACGUCUCCUCUGUGGACUAUAACCCCAGAGACAACCAGCUCUACAUCUGGAACAACUAUAAUGUUCUGAGAUAUCCGCUGGAGUUCGGACCACCGGACCCCACCACUGGCCCUCUGACGACCACUCAGGUGACCAGCACCACGCCAGCCCGACCUUUCACCUCCAGUUCUAGCCCUGCUACCACCCGCCCCCUGGCCCCCACCUCUCACCCCAUUGGUGCUAUCAACAAGGGCCCUGACCUGCGGCCAAUCACAGCCACCGUACCAGUCACCAGGCGGCCUCCCCGCCCACCCGUCCAGGGCCCGGAGCCCCAGGUGUGUGAGUCCAGAGUGGCCAGAGGGGUGCAGUGGCCCUCCACCCAGAGAGGAGAGACUGUGGACCGCCCCUGUCCUAAAGGAUCACUAGGCAUCGCCUCGUUCCAGUGCUUGGCGGCUCCGGUCAUGUGGAACCCUCGGGGCCCUGACCUCAGUAACUGCACCUCUCCCUGGGUCAACCAGGUAGCCCAGAAGAUAAAGAGUGGUGAGAAUGCUGCCAACAUUGCUGGGGAGUUGGUGAACCACACACGGGGGCGGAUCCACGCUGGUGAUGUCAGCUCGUCAGUGCGUCUGAUGGAACAGCUGCUGGACAUACUGGAUGCCCAGCUUCAGGCCCUGCGGCCCGGCAACAAGGAGUCAGCCGCACGCAACUACAACAAGCUCCAGAAGAGAGAGAGGACCUGUCGGGCUUACAUCCAGGCGGUAGUGCAGACAGUGGACAACCUGCUGCGUACAGAGGCUCUGGAGUCGUGGCAGGACAUGAACACUACGGAGCAGGCCCACACCGCCACCAUGCUAUUGGACGUCCUGGAGAAAGGAGCCUUCCUAUUGGCCAACAACAUGUACGGCAACCGUUUCACCGACCGGGCCCCCAAUAUCGAUCUGGAGGUGCACGUGUUGAACACAGAGAUGGACCUUCAGGACCUGUCCUUUCCUCAGAACUACGUGAGCGACAGCACCAUCCAGCUCUCCGCCUCCACCAUCAAACAGUACAGCCGCAAUGGCCAAGUCAAGGUAGUGUUUGUUCUUUAUAAGAACUUGGGCUCCUUCCUGUCUACGGAGAACGCCACGGUGAAGAUGGAGCUGGAGGCGGCACCGGGGGAGCGGGGCUUGGCGGUCAACUCCCACGUCAUCGCCGCCUCCAUCAAUAAAGAGUCCAGCAGAGUGUUCCUCACUGAGCCGGUGGUGUUCACACUCAAACACUUACAGUUGGAGAACCACUACAGUCCCAACUGUUCGUUCUGGAAUUACUCUGAGCGGUCGAUGACAGGCCAGUGGUCGUCUCAGGGCUGUAGACUGCUGGACACCAACAGCACACACACCACCUGCUCCUGUUCCCACCUCACCAACUUUGCUGUGCUCAUGGCCCACCACCAGCCUGAUUACCCUGGGAGGAUGCACGAGUUGAUCCUGUUUGUGAUCACCUGGGUGGGCAUAGUGAUCAGCUUGGUGUGCCUGGCUAUUUGCAUCUCUACCUUUUGCUUCCUGAGGGGCCUGCAGACCGACCGCAACACCAUCCACAAGAACCUCUGCAUCAAUCUCUUCAUCGCAGAGCUCCUCUUCCUUAUCGGCAUCGACAAGACCCAGUACCACAUUGCCUGUCCAAUCUUUGCUGGGCUGCUUCACUUCUUCUUCCUGGCUGCAUUCUCCUGGAUGUGUCUGGAGGGGGUGCAGCUCUAUCUGUUGCUGGUGGAGGUGUUUGAGAGCGAGUACUCCCGCAAGAAGUACUACUACCUGUGUGGCUACUGCUUCCCAGCUCUGGUGGUGGGCAUCUCGGCAGCCAUAGACUACCGGAGCUAUGGGACCAAGAAAGCGUGCUGGUUGCGGGUGGAUAACUACUUCAUCUGGAGCUUCAUUGGCCCUGUUUCUUUUGUUAUUAUGCUGAACCUGGUGUUCCUCAUGAUCACCGUGCACAAGAUGACCCGCAACUCCUCUGCGCUAAAACCUGACUCCAGUCGCCUCGACAAUAUCAAGUCAUGGGCUAUUGGGGCCAUCGCCCUGCUCUUCCUGCUUGGUCUGACCUGGUCCUUCGGCCUCCUCUUCAUCAACGAGAACACGGUCAUCAUGGCUUACCUCUUCACCACCUUCAACGCCUUCCAGGGCAUGUUCAUCUUCAUCUUCCACUGCGCUCUGCAGAAAAAGGUACAUAAGGAGUACAGUAAGUGUCUGCGUCACUCGUACUGCUGCAGCCGUACCUCCACCACCAGCUCCCACGGCUCCCUGAAGAACUCUGCCCUGCGUGCCAACAACCGCUACUACACUGGCAACCAGGCCCGCCACGCUGCCGCACACAGACAGAGUCGGAUCCGCAGGAUGUGGAACGACACGGUUCGGAAGCAGACGGAAUCUUCCUUCAUGGCGGGAGACAUCAACAGUACUCCUUCACUCAACCGUGCCACCAUGGGAAACCACCUCCUGACCAACCCAGUGUUACAGACCCGUACCGGCACCUCUCCCUACAACACCCUACUGGCUGAGAGCUUCACUCCCCCUUCUCCUGGGGUCUUCAACUCCACCGGAACCUUCCGUGACCCAAAGAACACUCUGUGUAAGGCCCGUGAUCCAUGUGGUAUGGACACCCUGCCCCUCAAUGGUAACUUCAACAACAGCUACUCCCUCCGCAGCGUGGGGCCGGUGGGCGGUGGCGGGGGCAGCUGUGACUUCCUGGGCGGGGGCAUGGGGUGUGCAGACACCCCCCCUCCCCUCCUCAACCCCCGCGGGUCUGAAACCCUGGGCGGGGACGGAAUGCGGCGCAACCUGUCUGACGCAGCUGCCUUCGAGAAGAUGAUCAUCUCUGAGCUGGUGCACAACAACCUGCGUGGGGCAGGAGCUGGGGGCGGGGAUAGGGUCUGUGGUAGUCUAGCGAGGGGCCCUCCUCACGGUGUAGUAGGCCGAGGCACGGGAGAGCCGAGCAUCAGCCUGGACGACGACGAGGACUUCCUAUCCAGAGAAGGCGGGCGCCAGAGGACGCCGCAAGACGUGGAGCUGCUCUACAAAGCCCUGGAGGAGCCGCUGCUGUUGCAGAGAGCCCAGUCUGUCCUUUACCAGUCUGACCCUGAGGAAUCAGAGAGCUACACGGCCGACCUCACAGAGAGCCUGGGUCACAGCGGCCACAGUGGGCACAGCGCCGGAGGCCAGGGGUCUGGGGGACAGGGCCCUGACUCUCCCGCCAAGGACUCCCUGUACACCAGCAUCACCAACCUGCGAGACUCGCCUUACCCGGACAGUAGCCCCGAGCCCCUGGAGGUGGUGCCCCGCUCGGCCCAGCCCCCUGAGGAGCUCUAUUACAGCUCUGGGAGGCCCGCCCUUGGGUCUCGAGGAGCACCCAUGCAGACCUUCUACCAGGCCCCGCCCCCCAGGAGGCCCAGUAGGGAGGGUGAGGGGCACCCUGGCCAGGAGCCCAUCCACAGCGAGGGAGACGGACAGAUGCAGCUGGUCACCAGCCUGUGACUGGAACCGCGAGGAUGCGGACGGGGACCAAGAUGAUGAGGAUGAGGAGGAAGGCUGGCUGGUUGCCUCCUCAGAACCCGCCUCUCUCUCUUUCUCUCGCUCCUCUCCACUUCCUGCUUGAUUGGUUGCCUUUUUUCCCCUCUUUAUUUGUAUUGAAAGAUGAGCGAACAAAUGUACAUUUAAGGAGAGUUUUAGCUGUCUCCACGGCAACAGUCUUAUCCUAGAGAACCUCCGCUGUCUGGUGGAGAUGAGUGAUGGCUGAGUUGUUCUUCUCUGGAACAUUCACCCGCACUCUCCUUCUCUCUCUUCAACAUCCCCCUUUCUCUUGGCACGCAGCAGACAGAUGCCAAGUCCAGCACUCUGAAUGUACCAAUCCAACAAACCCCUUAUACCUUACUCCUACAGAGCUACAGAUAUUUCUCAACUUAACUUUGUUCAAAGUCCAUUUUAUUUAAUUUCACUGAAUUUCUACAAACAUUCCUCUAGAGAAAUUGUUCUCAUUUUCUAGUUCCCUUUUCUCUUUCCCUUUUUCAUGUUCCAUCUCUCUUUUUGUUCACUCAUCAUUUGCUCGGCGUAGUUAGCUGUGGAGACAGGGGAUAUACUGUAGUAGCCUAUUAUACCAUAGGAAAAAAAUCUCUGAAAGCUACUUCAGUGUUGCCAAAAAUACAUUUUCCCAGCCAGAACAGAAACUGGAGCAUUCGCACACACACAGACAUACACACACAGACAUACACACACACACCCACUCACUCACUCACUCACUCACAGAAGUGCUUGUUUCUGAACAUCAGACACAACCCUCCAUCUGAGUAAAAAGAAGCCAGAACAAUUGUUCAGACAAGGCAGUUGGAGCUGCUGUCUAAGAGUAGUUGCCUUUAUUUUAUCUUGAACUGACUCGUAUGUACAGAACUAGAGGAGAGACUGAGGAUGUAGGAAGUACACCACAGGACAGGAAGGCUGUUUGAGGGGUCAAGGGUCAGGGGUCAAGAGGUAGAUCUUUAGGACUCGAGGAACGGACAAGGACUUUUUUUGGGGGGGGGGGGACUUUUUUGUUAUUUUCUUCAGAAAUUUGAAAAGUAAAAGACUGCUUUACUAACUUUGAAGAAGAAUAUGUUAUCUUGGUGACUUUCUGUUGCAUCACCCGGAGGGUUAUUAAGGGACAGAUUGUGCACCCUUUAAGAAUGGAUGCCCUUUUCAAUGGAUGUGUCCACGUCACCUAUGUGUGGUUGUGACAGAAUGGACUCUAAAUGUUGGAACCACUUCAGCCGUUACGCAAGUCUAACUCUGUACAUAUGAACCACACAAACUACAGUACUUACUCUACUCCUACCGUGUAAAUAGAGAAACCAGAUGAAGAAAAGCAACAAAAAAAGUAAGAAAUAUUAAAAACGGACUUCUUGUACUGCAACAAAACAACAAAAGAAAAAAAGAAAAUGUUUUGGAGUUUGUGACCUGAAUGAUGCACUCCAUCUCUCUGCCCGUCUUUAUCUUGCUCUCUCACUGUCGUUCUCUUGAGUCAUAACUAGUGCUGUGCCAUUCAGUGAAAAUCUCUUGAACAGAAAAACAGAGAGAGAGAAAGAGUAUGAUGGGUGGUAGAAUUUGCAUACAAAUAAAAACGUUUAAAAAAAAGUCCUGGCACAAUUUUAUGUAAUAUAAUCCAUUUCAUGUUGUUAGUG